CACACCCUGCCCCACAACCACAACCUGUCCCACAACCACACCCUGCCCCACAACCACAACCUGUCCCACAACCACACCCUGCCCCACAACCACAACCUGUCCCACAACCACACCCUGCCCCACAACCACAACCUGUCCCACAACCACAACCUGCCCCACUACCACCACCUGGACGACUACCCCACCCUGCACGACUACCCCACCCUGCACUACCCAGCCGCCUUGUUCGACUACGGAGAACCCUUGACUGCCCAGAAGGGACUCUUUGGGAUCAAUGCCUCCUGACCUGCAAUCACGCCGACCUAGUGAAUUGUGGCGAUCGCCCUUAGCGCAACAUUCCCGAGAGCGAAUGAGAACGGUCUCACAUGUAACUCGCAACAGAAUAAAAUUUCCUCUUUUUGAAAUUA